AUGCCCCAAACGUCCGCCUGUCCCAUAGGAAAAGCCUCCCGAAGGCCGUGUCAAACUCAACCUCCCCCCAAGCCUACCUCUGCGUCCCCUCCUCUUACUCAACCUACUGCACCUCUGCCUGGCAUCACUGCUGGCGUGGCACCUACCGAGCCUGCCCCGGUGUGUCCUGCUACCCCUGUGCCACGUGCCGCCCCAUCACCACGACACGUGGUGCCUCAUGCUGUCCACCCACCGCAAGUUUCGCCUGCUCAUGUCUCUGAGCUGUCUCCACCAGGGCCCCCUAUUGGACCCGAAGACACCACCCCCGGGUCCCCGUCCCCUACCGGCAUGCCGGCACCUGGGGCCCAACCACUCCAGUUCACCGCAACAACGGACCACCAUGAGGAUAUGUACGUGCACUACACAUCUACACCAAGAAGGAUGUCCCCUGCCAACUCUCGACGUCCCCUACCAACCUUUCGACGUUCACCUUGA